UGUAAAAACCAAGAUAAAAUAAAACUAAAUUAAAUUAAAGGAAAAGCUACCCUACGCGGCGGCUCCCAUCCCCUCCGCAGACAUCAAUCGAUCCAUAGACAACCGAAAAACAGAGGCGAGAUAGAAUUAAAAAAAAAUAAAAUCAUAGGAUGUCGAAUCUGAACACUACAAAUUCUUCCUCUGAAAACCAAACAGGAACAGUUUCUCGGAUCCCUAUAGAACACGAACUAUCUUUUUAAAUUUUUCUAGGUUUCUGAGAGACAACAGAUAUCAGUAAACUUGUUUCUUAAAAGAGAAAAGAAAGCUGCUGAUUCUCUGCGCAAUUUGGUAUUCUACGGCAUGGAACUCGAGGUUUCCAGUCCGAUAUCUUCGUCGGCUGUGGAUUUGGAGGAGAGAAACAAGCAAACAGACAAGGAUCAAGUUCGCGUGAGGAGAAAAACCUUGGUGGUGGUACUGCAGCAGUGCCAGAGAGCUCUUGAAUUGCUAAACAACACUGACAGCGUUGAAGAUGACGAUGAAGGAGAUACCAGUGGCGCAGAAUCCAGGGAAGUGAAGUCGUCUCCGAGCCGAGACUGCUCAUCAACUUCUUUCGGCGAUCGAGAAGCCGAUGAGUUAUGCGACCUCCUCAAAUCAAGAGUUGAAUGCCCUGAAUUUCUUGAGAAGCUAGAGUUAGAGUGUGCUCAACUGCCAGGUUCACAAUACAUUACUGAUGGUAGUUCCUGGGACAUGGUCAGUGGAGAUGAUCUCUGGGAAGGUGAAAAUGAUGGAUCAGAUCAGGAAGAUUAUGUUCUUGUCCAGCAAGAAGAUAUAGUAGAGGGUAUCGCUUGCUUCAUGGCUGCCUAUUUGUUGUCCCUUAAACAGACAAAGGACUUGGCCCCUGCACAACUCCAGGAAGCCCUUAGCAAGACAUUCUCAGUCAAAAAGAAAACAGGAAAGCUUCGAAAGGCCUGGGAUGGAAGCAAAGUCAUUUAUAAUGCAGCCUCUUGGGGAGCAACUGCCAUUGGGCUAUAUCAAAACCCUGUGCUCUUCAGGGCUGCCUCUAAAGCCUUCUGGACUUCCUGUCAUGUUAUGUCCAAGCUUCUCUGAAGUCCUUGUUACAUGUUGGGAUCCACUGUUGUAUUUAUGCGUGUGCUGUGAUUGCCGCUUGGUGUUUCAGUUGUAAGCCAUUCUUUUCAAGCCACAGAUCAAUUGAUUUCUCUGACAUGAUUUAAUCUGUAAAUAUUCUUCCACAAUAUUUCCGAGUGCCAAUUCAAAUUCAUUGGUAAGAUGGACAUCUUGUUAGUUCAGUCCUGUCAUCUCCCCUGGAGUCCUGGACUGCUGGCUCUAAUGGCAGAAAUGUGAUCCGCAUGUAUCUAUGAUGUUUCAUUGGAUGCAUUUCCAUGCUCCAUCUUUUUUGAUU